UUAGACGAGCCCUGGAGUAUAACAGCGAACAGCAAUCAGGUCAGACGUGGUAGGGUGAAAGAGAUGGAAUGUAGAAAGAGCUGACCGAGUAUUUCCAUGCCGGCUUUGCUGAGCUUGAACUCUCCGCUCUGUGUGUAGCCCUUGGGGCCGGCGGUCUCAAUCACCUUGCGGCUGCUUGACAACAGACGGCUGGUCGACAUCAGAGGACCGCCUGACACACAACACGCAGACAGACAGACACUCUCAGUCUCCCUUUCCCCCUCAGUCCCUCCCUCCCUCCCUCCCUGUCUGUCUGACCUGUGGAGGUGAGUGGCUCCCCCCCGGCACCAAACGCGCGUGACUGGACAUCUGGGGGCAGCUCUCCCUUCUUGGUGGACGGACCGCAGCAGGGCGAGCACGUCGAACCGGCACAACUCUUCUUCGACUUCUUCUUCAGAUCCUGCACAUACAUCCACAGACAGAGACACGCACACACACUCCCUCCCUCCCUCCCUGCGCGUGUGAGUGCGUGUGUUGCGUUGCCCCGCUGUCCGGUGGACUAACCGGCUGCUCAGGCUGGUAGAGGGUCGGGUCCAUGGGUGGAGGAGGAGGCAACUCCCCUCCCUGCACAGUGAGGCCGGGAGCGGGGCCACCGUACACGGGGGGAUGCUGCUGCUCCUGUCCCUGCUGCUGCUGCUCGACAGUCUGCUCAACCUGCUCCUGGGGAACCUCGGACGCUGAGCAGACCGGGUCACAACCACACAAACAACACACACGUGCCCAACACACGACAUCGAAAAGUGUGGUGGUGAGCUGCGUGUGGGGGCGCUCAAGGAGGAGCGCUUGACGGUCCGUUGCAGGCAGGCACCAAGGGCAGACGUGCUGGGGGUGUCUUACCCAUCGUAUAGGACAGAUGAAGAGAGAGGGAGUCGCUGGGAAACCACUAAGAAGAAUGGCUGGCGGGGCCCGACGCCGACACUCAAACACGAAACCUCAAGGACGGAACCAGACGAAAGACGCACUGCUGCUGCAGAGGAUGCCUC